AUGUGUGAAUUUGGCAGCAGCGUACUCAUGUACCAAAAAUUUGGCAAUUGGGAGGGUAGUGACAAUGUUCCUUAUACGGCAUAUUUCGACAAAGCAAGGAAAGGUCGAACUGGCACAAAGAUGAUAAACCCAAAUGACCCUGAGGAAAAUCCUGAUUUAGUUCUUGAUAAUUCAUCGUCUGAGCAACUACCUCCGUCCAAAUCCAAACCUAGAGUCGAUUCAGAGGAUCUAUAUGGAAAGGGAUCGUCACAAGCAACAAUUGAGUCACAUAAGAGUCUCGAAGAUGGUGAUCCUAAGCAAUAUGCUGACUCUCCAGCUCGUCAUGACAAUGUAGGCAGUCGGAGUUCCAAUGACUCUACACCUCGUCUUGGAGUAGGUUCUGCUGAUAACCGACGAAGACCUUCAAGACAAAGUACUACUGGGUCUGAGUACAGCAUUGAACGAUCACCCCUUCAUCGUCAGGUCAAAGCUCCGGGAAAAGAUAAUCCCUCAUUGAAAGCAAAGAAUUCCUAUGACAGCAGCCAUGGUACACCAGGAAGAUCUCGGCUAAGACCGGUUAAUCGAGGGGAUGAAACCCCUGAGAAAGGCGCGGCCGUUCCAAAAUUCGGUGAAUGGAAUGUGAGUAAUCCUGCAUCAGCCGAGGGCUAUACUCACAUUUUCAACAAGGUGAGAGCAGAGAGACAGGGUGGACCCGGACAUGCACCUGGCACACCUAACGAGAGGCCACAUGUUAUCCGCAACCAACCUUCCAAUGGCAAAGUCCAGUGUUGCUGCUUUGCUUGGGGAAGAAAAUGA